AGGGUGGGGUGGGCGAGACAGGCAGUGGGGUCCGGCCCCGUGGUCGGUCCCCGUGGGCUGUGGAACUCGGGGACGGGGGUCUUGGGGUUCCCCCUUCUUGAUGGGGAAACUGAGGCCCAGAGAGGGGCCGCAGAAGGCAGCGGACUGGGAUCUCCUCCCGCAACACACAUGCAGACAUCUAAAAAUCGUACUAUUUAAUGAAAAAUAUUUUUAAUCGUAAUUACGAUUUAACAGCCUUCGCCGACCACCCUGUCUGUCCCGCCGCCCUCGGUGCUCCCCUCUGUUUUGUGUACGGAGUUUCUCACUUUGUACAAGUCCGCAGCCGCUUGUGUUACAGCCCCGAGGCCAGAUGCGUUUAAAAUCGAGGAUUUCUCGGACUUUGGAAAGUUCGUUCCCACAUGCAGGGUAGCACAAGGAGAAUGGGCGUCAUGACAGAUGUCCACCGGCGCUUCCUCCAGUUGCUGAUGACCCAUGGCGUGCUAGAGGAAUGGGACGUGAAGCGCUUGCAGAGACACUGCUACAAGGUCCAUGACCGCAAUGCCACUGUAGAUAAGUUGGAGGACUUCAUCAACAACAUUAACAGUGUCUUGGAGUCCUUGUAUAUUGAGAUAAAGAGAGGAGUCACGGAAGAUGACGGGAGACCCAUUUAUGCGUUGGUGAAUCUUGCUACAACUUCAAUUUCCAAAAUGGCUACGGAUUUUGCAGAGAAUGAACUGGAUCUGUUUAGAAAGGCUCUGGAACUAAUUAUUGACUCAGAAACUGGCUUUGCGUCUUCCACAAACAUUUUGAACCUGGUUGAUCAACUUAAAGGCAAGAAGAUGAGGAAGAAGGAAGCGGAGCAGGUGCUGCAGAAGUUUGUCCAAAACAAGUGGCUAAUUGAGGUACUGUCUCAUGGUUUUCCAGUCCGGCUCACUCUUUCGACAGUGACCCUGUGGGGAGGAUUUGGGCCUCACCUCUCCUGCCUCCCACUCCCUGUUCACCCACAUGAUGUGUUGAGGAUGCCACAGCCAGAAUGGCAGAGCCAGGAGCUGCACCCGGCAUUUGGGCCCUGGGACCAAGCCUCUAGCCCACAGCCUGCAAGGCAGAGCAGUUCCGUGGCUGAGAGUGUGGCUGUGAUGUCUGACCCGGGUCUGAACCCUGAGCCAGGUGACCUCAGCUUCCCUGUAAGAGGGGAGUUGUCAUUUCCCCUUUGGGGCUGGGUGUAUCGGGAGCAGGAAUCGGACCUCACAGUAACGCGCUCCGCGCUGCGCUGGCUGGCUCGUGGGGGAGGCAGCAGAGGAAUUGGCGACAUUACCACUGUUGUUUUUGUCAGCAGUGAGUUCCUCAGGGUCAGGGCUUAGAAGAGGCACAGACAAGCUUUAGGAAAGGAGCUAUGACGUCUGGGACAGGCCCCACGGCAGCUCCGGUUGCUAGAUGCUGCCCCGCCCCCACGUCUAGUCCUGCUGAAUGGAGCAGAACAAAUGUUUCAGUUCUUCUUCCACAAAAGGCACCCCUGUUUUCAACAGCUCAGUGUUUGCUGAGUUGACCAUAGCUGUGCUCUCCCAGGUGCUCGUGCCCAUGUGUGUUGAGGACGCGCUCACGUCGGGUCCCCGCUUCCUCACUUGGUGGUCGGACUUGUGGCCAGAGGCUGCUGCUUGUGGCUGCAGCGAUUCUCCACUUCCUUUUCAGGAAGGCUUGCCUCCGGGUUGGGGAAGUUUGUGUUCUGAGUUACUAAUUUCUGUGUAGGGUGGGCCUGUACCAGGAACCUGACCCAAAUUCAGUUCCUGGGGUACCUGAUGGGAAGGAAGGGUGGAGAGGUCAUGGGGUGAGGGCAGAGGUCACGGGGUGAGGUCAGGGCUGGGAGCUCCUGGUGAGUGCAGGAUCUGCUGGGCACAUUCCCGUAUGUCCUGUCUCGGAGGCUGCCUGCUGUCCUGCAGUGGAUCCAUAGCUUAGUUUUUAGCUGACAGCUCAGGGGUCUGGAUGACAUCGGACACCCUGAGAGUGGCAGGGCCGAGUUCAGGCCCCAGUUUGGGGACUGCAGCUCCCAUCAAUGGCUUUGUCACAGUUUUUCUCGCCCUCUGGGCUGUAUUUGGUACUAGAGAAUGUUCUAGGGCUGCUCAGGUUAUAACUGACCAUUCUCGCUUGUGGUGCAGCCCCUCUUAGGGCCAAGAUUUUUUUUCUUUUUUUUUGAGAUGGAGUUUCGCUCUUGUUGCCCAGGCUGGAGUGCAAUGGUACAAUCUUGGCUCACCACAACCU